AUGGCCGCCUUCGGGCUUCUCAGCUAUGAGCAGAGACCGCUGAAACGCCCCCGGCUCGGGCCGCCGGACGUCUACCCCCAGGACCCCAAGCAGAAGGAGGAUGAACUGACUGCUGUGAAUGUAAAGCAAGGCUUCAACAAUCAGCCCGCCUUUACUGGAGACGAGCAUGGCUCGGCUAGAAAUAUUGUAAUUAACCCGUCAAAGAUUGGAGCUUAUUUUAGCAGCAUAUUAGCUGAGAAACUAAAGCUUAACACUUUCCAGGACACCGGAAAGAAGAAACCACAAGUUAAUGCUAAAGAUAAUUACUGGCUGGUUACUGCUCGAUCCCAGAGUGCGAUUCAUAGUUGGUUCUCUGACUUAGCAGGAAAUAAACCACUUGCUAUUUUGGCAAAAAAGGUUCCCAUCCUUAGUAAAAAAGAAGAUGUUUUUGCAUAUUUAGCUAAGUAUUCAGUGCCAAUGGUUCGAGCAACGUGGCUGAUCAAGAUGACUUGUGCCUAUUAUUCUGCUAUUUCUGAAGCGAAAAUUAAGAAACGUCAGGCUACUGAUCCCAAUUUGGAGUGGACACAAAUAUCUACCAGGUAUCUUCGAGAGCAGUUGGCCAAGAUUUCCGACUUUUACCACCUGGCUUCCAGCGCAGGCGAUGGCCCUGUCCCUGUGCCGCCCGACGUGGAGCAAGCAAUGAGGCAGUGGGAGUACAACGAAAAGUUGGCAUUCCACAUGUUCCAGGAAGGAAUGCUAGAAAAACACGAGUAUUUGACGUGGAUCUUGGAUGUGUUAGAAAAGAUCAGACCAAUGGAUGAUGAUCUUCUUAAACUCUUAUUACCACUAAUGCUGCAGUAUUCAGAUGAGUUUGUCCAGUCGGCCUACCUGUCCCGCCGCCUUGCCUACUUCUGUGCCCGGCGUCUUGCGUUGCUGCUUAGCGAUGGCCCCAACCUCCUUGCCGCCCACUCGCCCCACAUGAUGAUAGGACCAAACAGCUCGGGCAUCGGGGCCCCCAGUCCCGGCCCCCCCGGCCCCGGCAUGAGCCCCGUGCAGCUGGCCUUCUCCGACUUUCUCUCCUGUGCACAGCACGGCCCCCUGGUUUAUGGACUUAGUUGUAUGUUGCAGACUGUUACUCUCUGUUGCCCAAGUGCCUUGGUGUGGAACUACUCCGCACAUGACAAUAAGAGCGCGAACCCGGGCUCGCCCCUGGAUCUGCUGCAGGUGGCCCCCUCCAGCCUCCCCAUGCCGGGCGGGAACACGGCUUUCAAUCAGCAGGUUCGGGCAAGGAUUUAUGAGGUGGAACAGCAGAUCAAACAAAGAGGCCGUGCAGUGGAAGUUCGGUGGUCUUUUGACAAGUGCCAAGAGUCAACAGCAGGGGUUACCAUUAGUCGGGUUUUGCACACGUUGGAGGUGUUGGAUCGACACUGUUUUGACCGAACUGAUUCCAGCAAUUCAAUGGAGACACUUUAUCAUAAGAUUUUCUGGGCAAACCAAAACAAAGAUAACCAAGAGGCUGCCCCCAGCGAUGAAGCUGUGGUGACGCUGCUGUGCGAAUGGGCCGUGAGCUGUAAGAGAUCAGGCAAGCACAGGGCCAUGGCUGUGGCAAAGCUCUUGGAGAAGAGGCAAGCGGAAAUCGAGGCAGAGAGAUGUGGUGAAUCAGAGGUCUUAGAUGAGAAGGAGUCCAUUUCUUCAGCCUCUCUUGCUGGAUCUAGUUUGCCUGUUUUCCAGAAUGUUCUGCUAAGGUUUUUAGAUACACAGGCCCCCUCAUUGUCGGAUCCAGACAGUGAAUGCGAGAAGGUGGAAUUUGUGAACCUGGUGCUGCUCUUCUGUGAGUUCAUCCGGCACGACGUCUUCUCCCAUGACGCCUACAUGUGCACCCUCAUCUCUCGAGGAGACGUGUCCAUCACCGCCUCCACUCGGCCCCGGUCGCCAGCAGGAGAGAAUGCAGACGAGCACUAUGCAAAGGACCAUGACGUGAAGAUGGAGAUUUUUUCUCCCGUGCCUGGAGAGUCCUGUGAGAAUGCUAACCCUUCCCUGGGCAGAAGAAUGUCAGUUAACGGUGAGAAGCUGUUGAAGAGAGAAAAACCAAGGGAGUUAAUUUUUCCAUCUAAUUAUGACCUCCUACGACAUCUGCAGUAUGCAACCCAUUUUCCCAUACCUCUGGAUGAAUCUUCAAGUCAUGAGUAUAACCAGCGCACAAUCCUUCUCUAUGGAGUGGGCAAAGAGCGUGAAGAAGCCAGGCAUCAGUUGAAGAAAAUUACCAAAGAUAUUUUGAAAAUCCUAAAUAAGAAGAGCACCACAGAGACCGGGGUUGGAGAUGAAGGACAGAAAGCCAGGAAGAGCAAACAGGAGGCAUUUCCAACACUGGAGACUGUGUUCACAAAACUUCAACUCCUUUCAUAUUUUGAUCAACAUCAAGUGACAUCUCAGAUCUCUAACAAUGUGCUGGAACAAAUCACAAGCUUUGCAUCAGGAACAUCGUACCAUCUCCCAUUGGCUCACCAUAUUCAGCUCAUCUUUGAUCUCAUGGAGCCAGCACUGAAUAUCAAUGGCCUCAUUGACUUUGCAAUACAGCUCCUGAAUGAACUGAGUGUUGUGGAAGCCGAACUGCUCCUGAAAUCCUCCAGCCUGGCAGGAAGUUACACAACGGGACUGUGUGUCUGCAUUGUGGCCGUUCUCAGGCGAUACCACAGUUGUCUGAUCCUGAAUCCCGAUCAGACGGCCCAGGUGUUUGAAGGGUUGUGUGGUGUGGUAAAGCAUGUGGUGAACCCCUCAGAAUGUUCUUCCCCAGAAAGAUGCAUCUUAGCCUACCUCUACGAUCUCUAUGUGUCAUGUAGCCACCUCAGAAGUAAAUUUGGAGACCUCUUCAGUAGUGCCUGUUCAAAAGUAAAGCAAACCAUAUAUAAUAAUGUGAUUCCUGCAAAUUCUAACUUGCGAUGGGAUCCAGACUUCAUGAUGGAUUUUAUUGAGAAUCCCUCAGCCCGUAGCAUCAACUACUCAAUGCUGGGCAAGAUCCUUAGUGACAAUGCGGCCAAUCGCUACAGCUUCGUCUGCAACACACUCAUGAAUGUAUGUAUGGGCCAUCAGGACGCUGGAAGGAUUAAUGACAUAGCCAAUUUCUCCUCCGAGCUGACGGCCUGCUGCACUGUUCUCAGUUCAGAAUGGCUGGGAGUCCUGAAGGCUCUUUGUUGUUCUUCAAACCACGUCUGGGGGUUUAAUGAUGUACUUUGCACUGUAGAUGUGAGUGACCUUUCAUUCCAUGAUUCAUUAGCUACUUUCAUUGCUAUUCUGAUAGCACGACAGUGUUUCUCCCUGGAGGACGUCGUGCAGCACGUCGCUCUUCCCUCUCUCCUAGCCGCAGCUUGUGGAGAUGCAGACGCGGAGCCUGGGGCGAGAAUGACAUGCCGACUCCUACUUCAUCUCUUCCGAGCUCCCCAGGCCUGCCUAUUACCUCAGGCAACCGGCAAACCUUUCCCCGGAAUAAGAUCGUCCUGUGAUAGACACCUCUUAGCCGCUGCUCACAACAGCAUUGAAGUGGGAGCGGUGUUUGCUGUCUUAAAAGCAAUUAUGAUGCUUGGAGAUGCCAAAAUUGGCAGUAACAACGUCAGCUCUUUAAAGAAUGACGACUUCACCAUGAGGGGUUUACGACGUGAUGGAAAUGCUGAUGAUAUCUGGACUGCCUCACAAAAUUCAAAAUCCUGUGGGAAAAGCAUUUCCAUAGAGACUGCCAAUUUAAGAGAAUAUGCUAGAUAUGUACUGAGGACUAUCUGUCAACAGGAAUGGGUAGGAGAACAUUGCUUAAAAGAACCUGAAAGAUUAUGCACAGACAAAGAACUUAUUUUGGACCCUGUGCUCUCAAAUAUGCAAGCACAGAAAUUAUUGCAGCUGAUCUGUUAUCCUCAUGGCAUUAAAGAAUGCACAGAGGGGGACAACCUACAAAGACAGCACAUUAAACGCAUUCUUCAGAAUCUUGAGCAGUGGACCCUGAGGCAGUCCUGGCUGGAACUUCAGUUAAUGAUCAAACAGUGCUUGAAGGACCCUGGCUCUGGUUCGGUGGCUGAAAUGAACAACCUACUGGACAAUAUUGCCAAGGCAACAAUAGAGGUAUUCCAGCAGUCGGCCGACCUGAACAAUAACUCUUCUAAUUCGGGUAUGGGCCUCUUCAACCCAAACGGGAUUGGAAGUACCGAUACGAGUAGCACAAGACAGAAUGGGAUAAAGACAUUUCUAAGUUCCUCUGAACGCAGGGGCGUGUGGCUGGUAGCCCCCCUAAUUGCUAGGCUGCCGACUUCUGUGCAGGGAAGAGUGUUGAAAGCUGCUGGGGAGGAGCUGGAGAAGGGACAGCACUUGGGUUCUUCUUCAAAAAAGGAAAGAGACAGACAAAAACAGAAAAGUAUGUCUCUUUUGAGUCAACAACCAUUCCUCUCACUGGUCCUUACCUGCCUUAAGGGACAGGAUGAACAACGAGAAGGCCUCCUAACAUCUCUGCAGAAUCAAGUUAACCAGAUUUUAAGUAAUUGGAGAGAAGAGAGGUACCAGGAUGACAUAAAAGCACGACAGAUGAUGCACGAGGCAUUGCAGCUCCGCCUAAAUUUGGUGGGAGGAAUGUUUGACACAGUGCAGAGAAGCACCCAGUGGACGACAGAUUGGGCCCUUCUUCUCCUUCAGAUCAUUACUUCUGGAACCGUCGACAUGCACACUAACAAUGAAUUAUUCACAACAGUUCUUGACAUGCUGGGUGUUUUAAUCAAUGGAACAUUGGCCUCUGACCUAUCAAACGCAUCCCCAGGGGGAUCUGAAGAGAACAAACGCGCAUACAUGAACUUAGUAAAGAAACUGAAAAAAGAGCUGGGAGACAAGCGGUCAGAAAGUAUUGACAAAGUUCGACAGUUGCUACCUUUGCCAAAACAGACAUGUGAUGUCAUCACUUGUGAACCUAUGGGCUCCCUGAUUGACACAAAAGGAAACAAAAUUGCUGGAUUCGACUCUAUAGACAAAAAACAGGGUCUCCAGGUCUCCACGAAGCAGAAGGUGUCCCCAUGGGAUUUGUUUGAGGGUCAGAAGAACCCAGCUCCUCUGUCUUGGGCCUGGUUCGGGACUGUCCGAGUGGACCGGAAGGUCAUCAAGUACGAGGAACAGCAUCACCUCCUCCUGUAUCACACACACCCCAUGCCCAAGCCCCGAAGUUACUACCUCGAGCCGCUGCCCCUGCCCCCUGAAGAGGAAGAGGAAGGGCCUACAUCUCCCAUCUCUCAGGAACCGGAGAGGAAAUCAGCUGAGCUGUCAGAUCAAGGAAAAACCACAACAGAUGAAGAGAAGAAGACAAAGGGAAGGAAGCGCAAGACGAAAUCCAGCUCGAGAGUUGAUGAGUAUCCACAGAGCAACAUGUACCGAGUGCCUCCCAACUACUCACCCGUCUCCUCCCAGAUGAUGCAUCACCCACAGUCCACCUUGUGGGGCUACAACCUCAUGGGUCAGCCCCAGCAGCCCGGCCUUUUCCUUCAGAGCCAAGCUCUCACUCCAGGUGGCUCCAGGUUGGACCCCGCGGGCUCCUUUGUCCCCACCAAUACCAAGCAAGCUCUGUCCAACAUGCUGCAGCGGCGCUCGGGGGCCGUGAUGCAGCCGCCCUCCCUUCAUGCCAUCACGUCGCAGCAGCAGUUGAUACAGAUGAAGCUUCUGCAGCAGCAGCAGCAGCAACGGCUUCUCAGGCAAGCCCAGACGCGACCUUUCCAACAGGGCCAGCCGGGGGACCAGGCUGCUCUCUUUGCUGCUCAAGCACGGCCCUCCCCUCAGCUCCCCCAGUAUCCAGGUCUGCAGCAAGCACAGACCAUGCCCCAGGGCUAUACGAUGUACGGAACGCAGAUGCCUUUGCAGCAGACCCCUCAGCAGCAGGCUGGCAGCGUGGUCCUGUCUCCUACCUAUAAUUCCAGAACCUAUCCGGCUGCGCAUUCCAGCCCGGCGCUAAUGGAAAGACUCAGACAGAUGCAGCAGCAGCCGCCGAGUGGCUACGUUCAGCAGCAGGCGUCGCCGUACCUGCAGCCCCUGAGUGGCUCUCAGAGACUGAAUCAUCAGUCGCUUCAGCAGAGCCCUCUGGUGGGUGGAGGACUGGAUGCGGUGCUGACUUCCGUGCAUCCAAACCUUCCCUCGGUGUCCCUGUCUCAGGACCCAGUGAGGCCCAGACAGCCACAGGUGCGACAGCAGCAGAGGCUCCUCCAGAUGCAGCAGCCUCAGCAGUCCUCGCAGCCCCAGGGUCAGACCCUUGGUCUCCAAACCAUGCAGCCCCAGCAGCCUCUGUUUCCCAGGCAAGGCUUGCAGCAGACCCAGCAACAGCAGCAGACGGCCGCUCUGGUGCGGCAGCUCCAGAAGCAGCUUUCCAGUAACCAGCCACAGCAAGGAGUGACGCCCUACGGGCAUCCUUCACACUUCUGA